ACACCCGACCGAAAUCGGUCGACUCCUGGUGAACUUCUACAACUUCUACUGGAAUCUUCCAACUGCAAAUUUCGCUAUCCAGCGGUAUCGAGUUUGACGACGCUAUCAACUGCCUAACGGUGUAACCGAUAAGAUAUCCAAUCCAUGGAUCGUCCCAAUCGAGGCGAAUAUCGGAUUUGCUUUUCCUUUCGAAGCAACAUUGUAGAUGGGUGCUUGGCCCGAAGUUCACACUGAUAAGGUGCGAGGGAAGGGCCCUUCGUUCGGAGACGCUGAUAAGCAAGAAGAAGAAAGUCUUGAGACGUUUGGGCUUAUCAUCAAUUAUCUUCGUCGACGAACGAUUGACUUCGUCGUCGUAAGUCCUCUCCGCCCGCGUACAGGUGUGGUGCGCGUUCCCUCGGAGCUGGAGUGGAGAAUAUCGUCAGUUUAUAUAAAACCAUGCAACGGUCCAGGACGAUAACCCAGUAGGCCACUCGUUCGGUUACGGUUUGUUCUACGUGCGCGCGCGCCGGUUUUGUCUGUUUGCCUAGCCUACUAAGUACGAUGGAUCACAACCACGGAGGACCGGACGACAUGGAGAUGCUCUGCCCGAUGCAGAUGUCGUUCCACGGGGGUACCUGCGAGGUUAUCCUGUUUCCGUCGUGGGCCACCACCGAGACGGGUCAGUUUGUGGGGGCGUGGAUCGGAUUCUUCCUGAUGGCGCUGCUGUACGAGGGCCUAAAGUUCUAUCGGGAGGUUCUGGCGCAGAAGGAAGCGGCUAAGCACUGUACACCGGGGGCCAAGCGGACCAUGAGGCACUUUAUGACGGACAAGUUGCACAUUCUUCAAACGCUGCUGCAUCUGAUUCAGGUCUCCGUUUCCUACAUCCUGAUGUUGAUUGUGAUGCUGUUCAACUUGUGGCUCUGCUUGGCGAUAGUUUCCGGGGCGGCCGUUGGCUACUACUUCUUCGGGUGGAUACGCCGGAGCAAGAUGGAUCCGAACGAGUGCUGCAACUGAUUUUGAUUGAUGGCGAUAAUGGGCUGUGUCGCUGGAUUAACGAUGUGAUUGAAUAAUUGCGGGAGACGUUAGAGUUAAGGAAAGCGCCGGUUGCUGGUGAUGGCAAUCGAUUGAGAUGUAACCUCCACUUUUGUAGAUGUAAGGCUUUAGAAACGAACGAUGUUGUAUAGUACGUACUAUAGAACUGUAAGGUAUUUGCUUGUUAGAAAUAUAUUGUAAAUAUGUAAAUAGCAUAGCGAAUGAAGCAACUUUGUGUUGGAAGUUAGGUAGCGUUGAACGCUCGGGUAGCGUCGAACCUUCAGGUACGUGAUGGCGGCAGUUUUGUUGGUAGGUACAAUUGUUGGAGAGAUGGCAGAGGUAUGAAGUUUGAAAGAAGUUUGUUGAAUUGUAUAUACCUGAAUGGAAUAAAGAGUGUGGCGGUUGCUGAUUGAGGUAUCAGUCGGCAGCCGUCUAGUUUGAUGGAA